AUGUCUUCGAGCGGAGGAGGCGUUUUGGGGGGAGAACUGAACACGAUAUCGACGAACAACAACAACAACAACAACAACGAAAAGACAAAGAGUACGAAUACGAAUAUAAGCGAAGAGACUACUGCUACUCUUACCGCGACACCAGAGAGCAGCAGUCCAAACGACCAUCAAAAUCAAUCGUCGUCAGAGCAUUCAUCAUCGACAGGAGGGGAUUUCAUGUCGGACUGGAAGUCGUUCGCGGCGAAAGCGACGAGCUCGUUCAACGAAGCGUCCCAAUCGAUUUCGGAAACGUUAAGAGAAUCCGGCGUGAACGACGUGGUCGCGUCGACGACGACGAAUGUUAAAUUUUACGCCAAUUCGGCGUACGAUAUGAGCGCGAACGCGGCGUCGAACGCCGCGGAGUUCACGACCAACGCGGCGAAGGAUACGAUGUCGGCGUUACAAAGUCUCGAUCGAGAACGCAUCGCGUGGAGCAUGGCGUUUACGUUCGUCAGCGGGUUGAGUUUAACGCUCGCGUUCACGGUCGGUAUAGCCACGAUUGCGUUGUUCCCAGCCAAAUUCGCUCUGUGCUUCUCUUUGUUUUCUGUUUCAAACAUUUGCGCCGUCGGCGCGUUGCGAGGCGCGAACGAACAAAUCAAACACAUGUUAGAUCCGGAACGAUUAUACGUCUCGUGCGGGUUCGUCGGAACUAUCUUAUUCACCUUAUGGGCCGCGUUAAUUAAGCACUCUUACUUUCUCACCGUGAUGGCCUCCAUAGCGCAGGCGUUGGCCUUGUUGUAUUAUCAGUUGAGUUUCUUCCCGAUGGGCGCGGAAGGUUUCCGGGUCGUCUGUAAAGUCGCUUACGCGACUGUCGUAAAACCAACGUUUUUGUUAGCGCUUCGGUUCGUAGGAAUGGUUUUACCGACCGGCGGUAGUGUAGGGCACGCGAGACGGAGAAGCGCCUCGUUGUUACCAACGUAG